AGCUGUGCUCUGAAGUCUCCAGCGGGCAGAGAGGACCAGUGUUAUCCCUGAUGGCAUCUACUGCCUCUGUGUGCCUACAGCCAGCCAGGUCACUGCCGUGGAUAUAAAGAGGGAUCGGCUCCUGUCAUCUGUAGAUGAUGAUCGCUUAUCUGGCAAGGGGCAGUCUACAGGAUAUUCUCCAUGAAGGCUUCCCUGAGCAACAACUACAGGCCUACGUCGCCUGGGUGAAUUCACAGUUAAAGAAAAAAGCUGGGGUUGAUCCAGUUCAAGACCUACGUCUCGACCUUCGGGAUGGGGUGGUGUUGGGUCAUCUGAUUGAAAUUGUGGCCGGUGAGAAGCUCAGUGGAAUUCAUCAGCAGCCAAAUAACACACAGGAAAUGAAGGACAAUGUGGAACAAGUACUUCAAUUUAUGGCUUCUAAAAAGAUCAGGAUGCAUCAAACAACAGCAAAAGAUAUAGCUGAUGGAAAUUUAAAAUCGAUUAUGAGAAUUAUUCUGACACUGGCAGCCCAUUUUAAACCUGUGUCAGGACGAUCCGUCAACCACAAUGUGCAGGGAGCAACUGGAAAGGGCCAGUCCAAUUUCUCUGCCAAUCAUCGCCCUCAGUCUACUACAGCAAUGGCCCAGGGUGCAGCCGCUGCUCUUGCUGAUGUUCGGCUGGACAUGUCGCUCUCAGGACGAGAUAUUUCCCGCUACAGACAGAGAAACAACAGUGUGGAAGAAGAGAUCGGGAACCCAUACUGGAGUGUGCGGGCUAUGGUGAAGCAAUAUGAAGGUCAUAAAGGGAGUGCAUCUCCUUCUGAGUCAUCCGGUCUGACAUCUCCAAGCCCUGUGCACAGUUCAAAAUCAGAAGUCAGCGAAGCUCAUUGUGAAGAUAAGGCUGAAAUCACAAUAAUCCAGUGUGAGGAGAAUCUUUGUAAGAAAGAUGAAUCAUUUAUACCUCCACCAGAAUCCCAGGCGAUUAACCCAGCCAUGUAUCCAGAUACAUCAUGGGAGGACCAUCUCCUAGAGCAACAGGAUCACCUAGAGAGGGAAAUGGAGGAAGCCAAGAAAAUGAUAUCUGGCCUGCAGGCAUUGCUAUUAAAUGGAUCGCUUCCCGAAGACGAACAAGAGAGCUUAUUCUCUUUGCGUGAAGACGGGGCGUGCCCAGAAGAACAACUGGUCAUCAUCAAAAGUCGCCUUGACCAGAGUAUGAGUGAGAACCAGUGUCUGAAGAAAGAACUCCAGAAUUGCAAACAAGAAAAUCGGAAUCUCCAAGCAAUCAAGGAUGCCUUGCAGCAGAGAAUGGCUCAGCAAGAAAGCGCUGUUCUUCAACUGAAGCAGGAGUUGUUAAGGGCGAACAUGGACAAGGAUGAACUUCAUAACCAAAAUGUGGAUUUGCAAAGAAAAAUGGAAGAAAGGAGUCAGUUAAUUGGGGAUUAUAAAAAAGAAAUCACACAAAAGGAUUGGCUUAUACAGCAGAUGCAGGGGAAACUUUCAGAAGCAAGCUAUCAAAAGGGCAGCAAUUACAUCAGCCACCCAGCACAGACUAAUGGCUUCUUGCAGCCCAGUGGCAAAGGUCCUGUGCGUGACCAGAUACCACAGAGGACGGCUAACGAUCUUCAACUUGUCCGUGAUGCUCUGCGCAGCCUGAGAAACAGCUUUAGUGGUCAUGACCCUCAGCAUCACACUAUAGAUAGUCUAGAGCAAGGGAUAGCUAGUCUGAUGGACAGACUGCAUGCCAUCGAGACUCAGAGGAGGCAUGACAGGAAGGCAAGAGGAAGAGUAUCUGGUAAUAAAGAAUUGAAUGAAUACAGAGACUCCUGGCCUCCCAACUCUAUUACCCCAUUCAGGUAUGCGGAGCAGCCUGAUCUGACAGGGGCAGAGGAGAUCCUCCUCAGGAAGGCUCACCUUGCCUGUUUAGAGAUGCCUCAUUCUCAGAGUGCCCCAAUCAUGGGUGGUAGUAAUUCCUGCACCAAAGUGCUAUAUUUUACAGACCGCUCACUAACACCCUUCAUGGUCAACAUACCAAAGAGGUUAGGGGAAGUCACGUUGAGAGACUUCAAGAUAGCCAUUGACAGAGAGGGAAAUCACAGAUACCACUUCAAGGCUCUAGAUCCAGAGUUUGGAACAGUCAAGGAAGAGGUAUUCCAUGAUGAUGACAUCAUCCCAGGCUGGGAAGGAAAGAUUGUGGCAUGGGUUGAAGAAGACCAUGGAACCAACUGAAUAAGUUCUUCUCCCCAAAGCAAGGACCAAAGUUCUUGGAAUGAACUGACAAAUGACAAAAUUGUCAAACUGUUGUGGAUUAUUUCUCAUGCUGCCAAAAGAGGUCCCUAUGGGCACCGGAUAACCUUACAGUUUUGCGUCUGAAAGAAGCAGCAAUCGGUCAUUGCUGGCUUUAUACUGCGAGAAUCUCCCACUUCUUCAGGAGGAGACUGGAGGACAGUGCAGUUUUACAGGGUAGCUAACUUCCAUUACUGGAGGAUGUUAAAAGCUACGUGUUACAUAUAUAUUCUUAUGGAGAAAAUUCAGUAUUUUUAAAUGGGGCAUAUUGUUGCAUUGAUUUGGGGUUUGUGUGUAUUUCACUUGUAUAUUGAAACCACCAGUCUUGCAAGACACAUACUGUACAGCAGAAGUCCUAUUUUUCUCACAAAUAUGUUUAGCAAGAAGGUAACUUAAAAUUUUAAAAAAAAUAGUUAUUUAUUUGUGCACAGUAAUGUCAUAUACCAAUAUUUUCCCAUAACAUCCACUGUCCGUGUCCUGUUGACAAAUAUCACAGCUUCAGAAUCUGGUGAUGAUGUGAUGCAAAUCCUAUUUGUGUCUCUUUGUACGUUUUUU